UCUGUCUCUAUGUCUCUGUCUCUCUGUCUCUGUCUCUGUGUCUCUGUCUCGCUGUCUCUGUUUUGUCUGUUUUCUUUAACUGUUUGUCUUUUUGCUGCUGUUGAGGAAAAGUUUUCCCAUUUUUGGGACAAUAAAAGAUUUUCCUCGUUUCCUGGAGUUCGGACCGGCACCGGCCCGUUUUCUCUCUCUGGUCUGGAGGAAGUUCACCAGAGUUCACCAGAGAUCUCAGGACUUCUGCUCACCUGAACCAGCCGCAGGUUCUGGUUCUGAUUCCUCCUGGGUUCAUUUUAUUGUGUCUGUUCCUCGUCCCGGUUCUGUUGAGUUUCUGGUUCUGGUCAAGUCAGACGGAGGCUCCGUGCGUUACCUGCAGCCUCCGGCAGGGGCGGCGAGGCAGGAUUUCAGGCUGCAGAGGAAGAAGAAGAGGCGCAGCUGUUCCUGCCUCUGGGUCGGGUCUGGUCCGUCUUCGUUGAUCGGAACCAGGACCCAGAAUGAAUGAGGACCUGCGGGCCGAGCUGCAGGACUUCCUGCGGAAGCUGGACAUCCAGACCAGCUGCGUGGAGCAUCCUCCGGUGUUCACGAUGGAGGAGAUGAUGCCUCAUCUGCAGGACGUGAGCGGCGCCGUCACCAAGAACCUCUUCCUGAAGGACAAGAAGAAGAAAGGCCUGUGGCUGGUGUCGGCUCGCCACGACCGCCAGGUGAACCUGAACGAUCUGGCCAAGAAGCUCGGCGUCGGCAGCGGCAACCUGCGCUUUGCCGACGAGGCCGCCAUGAUGGAGAAACUCAAGGUGGGUCAGGGCUGCGCCUCGGCGCUGGCGCUGCUGUUCGACUCGGACCGGAGUGUGCGCCUGGUUCUGGACCGGGACCUGCUGGACGGCGGCCAUCAGCUGGUUUACUUCCACCCCAUGACCAACAGCGCCACCAUGGGGCUGCGGCCGCAGGACCUGCUGCGCUUCCUCAAGGAGACGGGUCACGAACCCGUCCUGGAGAGCUUCGACUAGCAACCACCCGGUUCUGGCUCUGGACUAGAACUUAUCUUUCAGGACUUGACCUUCAGGUUGGGAGUUGGAGGAAGCAGAACUUUUUAACUCGUGAUGGUUCUAAGAACUUCAGCCUGAGGUCCAGAAACCCGACUUGGACCUCCGGGUUCUGGUUCUGGUUCCGUCUUCAGUCUCUUUCUGCCUGCCUCUGGUUGUCAACAAUCUCACAAAUAAACGUCCAGUUUUUAUUAAAACGCCAUCCACAAAGGCGAA